UCCUCUUUUUCAAAACCCCUCCAAUUCCUCAAAUUCCUCUCUCUCUCUCUCUCUCUCUCUGUGAGAAGCUUCUGUGAGCACCAAUGCUUUCCUUCACUGAGCCCUAACACCCCCACCUCUCUCCAUUUCCUGCUAUUUAGGGUUUUGGAACAAUCAACUCUCGGCAGUCUCCGAGUGACAGAAUGGACCGGAGAUUCAAUGGCCCGACCGCUCCUUCGAGCUCCCCCUACGGCGCAGCCUCCACCGCCGCCACUAGAUCGCCCUCUCCGCCUCCGCAACCUAACUACAGCAGCCGACCCGUUCAGGAAGCACUGGAACACUUGGCAUCCAUUGACCUGUUUGAGUUGUGUGAUGAAGCAAAAGUUGAACGUUGUCGGGCAACUAGAGACUUGAGAAGCUGUGGACGCUCUGUACAGUAUGUUUUGAUCUCAUGUGGACAUGCCUCUUUGUGUGCAGAGUGUAGUCAACGGUGUGAUCUUUGCCCUAUAUGUAGAAUCCCAAUACCAAAGAAUGGUAAUAGACAACGACUUCGCCUGUAUUAUGAGUGCAUAGCAGCUGGCCUUAUCUCCAAAAGAUGUGAUGAGAAAUUUCAAGAGAGGGAAGACGGGGACAAGCAACUAACUGCUGAUGUCCAACGUCUCUAUUCUCUGUUUGAUGUUGCCCUGGAGAAUAACUUAGUUUCUUUGAUUUGUCACUAUGUAACAGAUGUUUGUAUGGAUGAAAGUGCAGUGUCUAGUGAUCCUGUCAUAGCUUUCUUAUUGGAUGAAGUGGUUGUCAAGGAUUGGUGCAAGAGGGCGUUCAGAAACAUCACAACAGAACUUCAAGGAAUUUAUAAUCUUGAAGUGGGUGAGAUGAACACUAAGUUGAGUUUACUACUUAAGUGUUAUGUUCAGCUGGCUGGCAUAUGCAAUGUGCUUGAAGUUUUGGAGUCAUCUUUUAAGGGGACUCUUUCAGCACAGCUUCGUGACUUGCACCACCUUCAAGAGAGUAUAUUGAAGACGAAGCAGCAUUUGGAGAUGAUGAUGUGGUGUAUAAGACAUCAAUUUCUGGAGAAUGUGCAAUCUCGGUAUACUAAUUUCACAUCAUGGCGUUCUCUUGUCCGUGAACGGAAAUCAGCUGCAAUUAAGCGUUCAUGGCCUGAUGCAGUAAAUUACUCUGCAGAGCCCACUAGACAGGAUGGUUCCUUGUUCAUUGAAGAUGCGUUGGUGAAUCUUGAUAUAGAGCAGGGAGCUACACUCGAAACAGGGGAGCAAUCAGAAGUUGCAUUACUGCUGAAAAGUGGAGUCUCAGCAAUUCUCCAGUCGAGGAUAGAAGGGGUGGCAGGGUGCUAUCCUUUUAAAAGUUUAAGAAAUGCAGUUGAUAUACUCUUCUUAUGUGGAAGUUCUGAUUUGGUGGUUGCAAAGCAGGCAAUUCUUCUCUAUUAUCUGUUUGAUCGACAUUGGGAAAUGCCUGAUGAAACAUGGAGAGACAUCAUGGAGGACUUUGCAGCUACCUUUAGUAUUACCAGGCACUCAUUACUUGAAUCUUUAGUUUUUUAUCUGUUGGAUGACCACACAGACGAGGCGCUGCAGGAAGCUUGUCGCCUUCUUCCAGAUAUCUCAGGCCCAGCAACUCAUCCUAAGAUUGCACAAGUGUUGUUAGAAAGGAAUAAUCCUGAUACAGCUCUAAUGGUUUUACGGUGGUCUGGGGGUGAUGGUGGAUUACAGAUGGUUUCGCUUAGUGAGGCUGUCACUGCCGUUCGGGUGAGGGUGGAGUGUGGACUUCUGACUGAAGCAUUUACGCAUCAGAGAAUGCUCUGCACCAGAGUCAGGGAAAAGAAGUUGAAGCCUGGACCAUCUGGGAAUGCUUCUGAUAAUUUUAAAGGUGAACUUAGGAAUUGGGUGGAAUGGGUGGAGAUAUUGGUAACUGAAAUCUGUUGCCUUUGUAUACGAAGGAACUUGGUAGAUCGAAUGAUAGAGUUGCCAUGGAAUUCUGAUGAGGAGAAACAUAUCCAUAAAUGCCUGUUGGACUUUUCUAUUGAAGACCCUUCAACAAGUUCUGGAAGUCUUCUUGUCGUAUUCUAUCUUCAGCGCUACCGAUAUACUGAAGCAUACCAAGUUGAUCUUAAACUUCAGACAGUGGAGCAGGAGUUCAUUUCAAAGAGUUCUGACAGCGAAGAAGUUUUAUUGAGAAUAAGAUCAGCAAGUCAGUGGAGAGCAAGAUUGAUUGAUAAUUGCAUGGAGUUGCUGCCAGAAGUCCAGAGGCAACAAGUGAAGUCUGGAAAAUUGCCUGAGACUGCUUUUGACUUUGGUGAAGAAGUUGAAAUGGCAGCAAAAUCUGAUCUUCCUAAGGUGCAAGAGCCAAUAUCGACCAGUUUAUUGAUUCCCUCAUCUACUGAUUCUUCUCUUCUUCUGCGGAUGGACCAUACAGCUCCUUUUGUGAGAUCAUCGGUUUUUGAAACUCCUACAAGACUACAUGGAUCUGUCAACAAUCAUCGCUCUGAACAUGUUACGUAUGGCUCCCCAUCAAUUCUCCAUGAAAGGGGACUAAAACCUAUCAGCAAAGAUUUCAAAUUGGAUGAAACCUCAACUCCUGGUACUCGUCGGGCUAGUCCCUUGAAUGUCUCACCAUUGAGAGAAAUUAGUAAGGCUAACUAUAGCAAUCUCCAAGACGGAUCACCGGAAACAGAACAAAAUGGGUUUAUCAACCAAUUCCUAAAUGCUAGUCCUCCAUACUCCCACAGGCUUACCACUAAUCGAGUAAGUACACCUAGUAGUGACUAUGGCUUGUUCAAAGAUUCUGUGGAGGGCCUGGACACUAAUUUGUUUGGCAAAAGGAUCCAGUCUGAUAGAGAUUAUCGACUUCAGAAUGUAGUCUCCUCAGAUGAUCCAAUGGACGAUUCUUUUAGCCAUGGAGAGAAGGGUUUUGCUGCUGCUGUUCGCAAUUCGAAUGGUGGACCAAGAUGGAGGUCUGAUGAAACCAGUGAUGAGGAAGAGGAGCACACUCCAGGGAGAAGUAUCGGAAUGGCUUAUCAAACACCUCCCACAAGGAGAACAAGAAGAAGUAGACUAGCCAAGAGGUGAAGGCUGUGGCUGCCGAUUUUGUCAACUUCAAAAUAUCCCUGUCCUUCCAUUGCUGCUCCUCAGUGUGGUCUUGAAAUAAGGGAACCUGCAAGAGAUAGUAAUGAAAGAGAGUUGCAGUCUUUCAGGUUUCUGCAGUUCCCAUGGAAGGGGAAGCAAAGCAUACAAGUAAAAGGAUUAUACUGGUUAUAGUUGUGCUAGUAAGAUUCAGCUCAGGAGAUGAACUUGUAUGGGUCAUUCCCUUUAGAGAUGGGUGAGUAGGUCUUUUGGGGGGGGAACAAUCUGUGUAGGGUUGUGCCAUUUUUGUAUCCUAAUUGAGGUAAUUCAAAGGCCGAAGCAGUUAUUUGGUAGUUAUCACAUUUUGCUAAGAUGUAUUAAACUUAUUUUUAUGAAAUCAUAUUGCCAUGCUUAAUCCUCCAAAGAAGUACAUUUGUGU